UAAAGAACACUUUAACUAUAUAUUAAACGUGAAAUGUGUUGUUAUACACAUAACUGUAUUAGUAAUUUAAAAGUAGUGUUAAAAUAUACAGUAAUUUUUUUUUGCCCGUAGAAAAUAAUUUUCUAUAAAUAUUACUUUUUUGGUUUGGCAGGAGGGGGUUUGGUUUCGGAGAAUUCAUUACAGCAAAGUGAAUUCUUCCAGUACGUAGUUUGGCUUGAAAAGAAAUUGGUUGUUUUAAGUUAAUGUAUAGAUAUAGUUAUUUUACUAGCCUGCCCGUCCAAAGGAUUGAGUUGAAAGUAAUACAAAAUAUGAAGAUAUACUAAGAUCAGCGCUGAAUAUUAAUGAGCUGCUCCAUCGAGAUGGAGAUGCCAGAUGACGACGACGGCGAGUACAGCCGCUGGUCGCUGCUGCCGGACCUCGUCCUGGAGCAGAUACUCUCGCACCUGACAAUGAGGGAGAAGUACGCGGCAUCACUGGUCUGUCGGUCGUGGAGCCGGGCAUUCCGCCUGCCACGUGUGUGGCACACCUUCGUGUACGAGGACAGCACGCUCACCCGCCGCAAAUACAACUACUACUACGGCUGGCAGUCGUUUCUAGACCACAUGAGGACCCAGAACUGCCUGGCGUGCAUCGGGAGGAACAUCCACAACUUGAUACUGAAGCCAUCCGUCAGCUUCUUCAACCUGUACGAGUUCAUGAACAUGCUGUCGUACUUUGCUGAACGCGUCCCGCCAGAUAACCUCGGCAUCGGCCCCAACAUUCACUCGCUCAGCUUUGUCUUCCCGUGCAACAUGGCAGUGAGGGAGUCCCCCGACCAGGAGGGAACGCAGAUCUUCGGGACGGGAGGCAGGCUGCUGGAGACCCUCAAGAGGCUGAUGGGCAACCUGGCGUCGCUGCGGCGGCUGGAGCUGACGGACCUGAUGCUGGAGCCGUGGGAGGCCAGGCACCUGCUGGACGAGGUGUGCGGCUCGUGCUCGCUGCGCAUGACCCGGCUGGUGCUCGUCAACGCGACCCGGGUGCCCUGCCCCGUGCUGCACGUCGGGGUCUUCCUCCGUCUCCAGGUGCUGGUCAUCAGCCCCCAGAGCCUGGGCGAGGACGUGCUGGAGCUGCUGGGCCAAGCGCGGCUCAGGCACCUGCACAUCCUGCAGAACUGCUACAGCCCCAGCAACGAGGCCCUGGAGCCGGUGGCCCCGCGGGCGUGGCAGAACUGCAGGCGCGCCAACCCCCGCAUGGCGGUCCACCUGCAAGGGGUCGGCCUCAAGGGCUCCGAGCUGCUGUGGCAGAGCAGGGCCCCCGUGCACUCCGUCCUCUACGACUCUCCCCACAGCAAGAUGGUUCCGGAGUCGGUCCUGAUGGUAGUGGACCUUUACGCCAAGGAUCUGCACGUCUACGGACACUGUGGGCUGCCCAAGUUCUGGAUGCCUCGCUCGUUCCACGACCGUGUCGACUCCCUGUUACUGCUGCUCUGCCGGCAGUGUCCAAACCUUCACACGCUUGUGGUGCGGGACAGGAUAUCCACGUCCACGGUGCUGCUGCUGGCCCACACGGCCAGGAACCUGCGCGCCCUGCACGUGAGGCGCAACGCGGUGGUCCUCCGCCGCGACUGGCCGCGCAACCCCGAGUGGGGCGCCGACUUUGCCCUGUGGCUGCACACGGCCUCGCGCUCCUACCCGGCCACCGAGCAGGAGGUGUCGCGGAUGAUGGGGCGCCCCUGGACCAUGCUGUCCGACAAGCAGUUCAAGAUGACGCGCGUCAACCUCCACGCGUAGACUGGCUGCCCGGUGAAGGCAUUUAUGUGCCCGGACGUUGAAAAGCUGAUUCGCAGUGAAAGGUUCUUCAACCCGGCGAGUUUUCAGGACCACGGCCAAGCAGGAUAUAGUUUCAACAGGAAUACCAAAAAGUAAAAUGUAAACUGCUAGAGAACAGGAAACACUCUACUGAAAUGAAAACAGACAGUAGCAAUAAAUUAAAUUUAAAUUAAAAAAAACUGGCAGCGGCAGUGGUGCCACUUGGCCGCCAGGGUCGACAGCUGGAAAAACUUGAAAAAAAUCCUGAAUGCGAGCGGCAUGAUUGGUGCCGGAUUAUCAGAAGUUGCCGAACCACAGAAUGCCGUAUUCAAGAUCUUUCACUGCUCCAAUAGAAAUGUCAGAAACGUGUGCCAUGACAGAUGUAUCUCGCAUGAUGUUGAAUUUAUGAAACCUAACAGCAAUUUGCAUUUUAAAACUUCUAUGCAGUAAUAGUUGUUUUUUUUGCUGUUGUAAUUAAUGUUCAGAAUAAAAUCAAUACUUUACAUUUUUAACCAUUUUAACGAAAACUUGUGUGUGGAAGUACCAUUUCCACAUGGCAUUGUUUACAUUAACUGAAUUUGACAUUUUAUUUAGCGAAACGUAAGCCAAUUAUGAUCCCUGCGCAGAUCACAAUCAGUCUAUAUUCAUCGUUGGUAUAAAAGUCUUCAUACUGCCCCCUGUUGAAAUGUGCAUACUGCCCCCUGUUGAAAUGUGUUUCAGCAAUGCUUCACUGCCUACUGUGCCUUGCAACAAUCUACAAAGGAAAGCUUCUAAAUAACUUAUUUUUGUGCAUUGUACGUUGUGUUAAAAGUUGGUAACUCAUAUCUAUAUAAGUUGUGAAGUUGUGAAGCUUUGGAAGACUAAUUUUAUGCCACUCAGGAAAAAUUCCAAUAUGUACUUCAAAGAUUGCUUUACAGACCCGAAUACAUUAGAAGCUCAAUAUAACGCAAUAUUUUGGGGCCAUUGUUAACACCUGUUAUCAGCUAACAAUCAAGUGCUUAAAAAUAGGUUAGAACUGUCUGCAAACCGAUUAGGCAAAAUGUACGGAUCUUUAAAACUGCACAAUGUGGGUCUGAAUGUUGUCAGAUUUCAGGCCUCAAUCCAGAUUUUUUGGAAAUGAAAGGUUUUACAUGAUUAAUUAAACAGUUGAGAGAGUAGAAACCCAGUAUUCAAACUUAUUUGUAAGCAUUGCCCUGCAAAUGAUGUGUUUUGUUCAAAACGUAUUGGAAAUUUGUAUAGAUCCAGUGGAAACUAUUGGUUCAAACAUAAGACAUUCCGAAUCACAAUCUGAAAGUGCUCUGACAUUGUUUUUUCUGGUAGAUAAUGCAGGCACCGACAGGAUGCACACUGUCCCACCUCUUUCAUGGUAACUGCUGCGGGUAAUUUUCAUCUGACAGCUCUAGAAAUAUCUUUUCUCACUUGCCAAAAGGGCAAAAAACGUUAGCCCCUUCUACGCAAGUGUGCAUGCAUUAUCUUGUAGAGAAAACAAAUACGGACACCCCAAUCUAUCAUCUGAUUUCCUAUGAUAAAAAAUAAACCCCAUGAAUGUAAAUACUAUACGUUUUUUUUUAUCACCAACAGAAUAAGCUAUGUAUUUCUGCGACAUGCAAGAGGAACAGUUAAGAAGUGAAUUGCAACCGGGUGCUAAUCCUGAAAAUAGUUCAUUUCUCCCAACCCAAUACUCCCUCUUUUGAGGGGGAAUAGUGUGCUGUUAUGAAAGGAGAAUCCUGGCACGACAAAUGGUUUGUUAAAACCAAGCUUCAAGAGUAAGAAUAUACCAAGUACACCCGCCCCUCGAAGUGUAGCAUUUCAGUUUUAGUAUUGUUAAAAAUUUAUGUUUUUAUCCUACGGAGUACAGAAAUUUUAUGUUAAGUACAGACUUUAUUUUAAGUUUCGUUAAUUACUGUUAUAAGUGUUUCCGGAGAAUUUUUAUGCCUUGCCACGUUUUGUAAAAAAAAAAAGUAAGUUGGCAGUAUGGUUCUAGAAACUUUGAGAACAGUUGCCCAGACUUGAAUCAACAUAUGGUAUUUUAGUGUUUGUUUGUAAGUUAUAUUUUAAGUUUAUUUAUUUACUACCUAUUUAUUAUUUAAUGUAUUUUAAUAGCCUUUUUAGUUUAGGUUAAUGUACUCUUUGUAGUGAGUUUGAGGAACGAACUCUGUUUUGAGGACGCCACCACCCGAGCGCACUACGGUGGGUUGCUGAGCCGAGCAGCGACAGUUGACGUCAUGCACGUGGGUUCAAAGAGACGGGCUAUGGCUGUGAUCAAAAGUGUUCAAGUACGGUGUUGUAAACUUUACGCUUCGGUGAUGAGUACGAAACGUGAGGGAAGCUGCAAAAAAUGUGUAGCACUUUGGAGCACAUGAAAAGAGAUUAUGUGUGCGUCUGUCGUUUGAAGCACAAUGUGCGUGGCAGCGAGUCUUACUGUUACACUUGCACAGCUCGUAACUAAGGCUUGUGGAGGUGUGAUAUCGUUGGAGUCUCAAGUUUUAACGACCUAGUCAUCUUAUUUUUGAAGUUCCCACAGCGUAUUAUCAUCAUCAUCCCCACCUCCCCUAUCCCUACCUCUCAUGAAAGUGCAAUGAGCACUUGUUGCCUUCUUCAUUCUUUGUGGCAUUUUCGUAUGAUAUAGUUUGGGUAGUGGGCAACGAGAACGAACGACGAUACAUGGCUCUGAAAGUAUUGAUAAUUUUGAGAGACCUUCCUAAAUGUAAUAUUUUUCCCUUAUUGUAAAUAUUUUCAAAAUUCAUUUUCAGCUGCCACCGUUUAAAUUUAGUUUUUGGCAUCUAGUGUGUUUACUUGUACGAACGUUACUGUUUGUGAUGUUUCCCAUUUCUCUGGUAGCUAUAUGGAGUUGUUACAUUUUACGUGUACCAGCUCUUGCUUUAUAAAUAAAACAUUACUGGGACAGCGAGAAUUUGCUUUGCCUGAUUGCUCAGGUUAUGUGCCUUAAUGAUUUUGUAUGUGGAUUCACGUCUGAAUUAUUUGAUUGUAACUUGUAGGAAUAUUUUAAGAUACGAACGUGCCUGUUCCCUUUCGACCCUGCGUUUGGAUUGGCAUGGAGGUACGCUUACCUUGGGUUGAAUUAGUGUUUAUCUCUUGAAUUGUUAAUUAAUGUUAUUUGCCCCUAGGUCUCACACAUACGAGGACCAUAUAUCCUGUUUGAUCUAUAGAAGGUUAUUUUUUAUAAAGUGUGUGUUAUGUAAGUUGUUUUGUUUCUUGUGUGAACCCAAUUAUGCACCUUGAGUUAUGCUGUAUUUAGUGUUGAUGUCUGUUGACCUAUGAAUGUUAUGUUUGUUUACAUAUAUUUUUGGAACAGGCAUAAUUGCCUUGUUGCAUGUUUGGUGCUUGUUGUUAUAAGUACCAUAUUGAUAUUAAUGAUUAAUUUCUUGUUGAAAGGAAAUGUCUUGCGAGCGUAAGCUUUGGCAUAAUGUAGAUGUUGAACUCUUACAUAUUAUUACUGGAAAAUUACCCCAGUGUAUUGGCAAUUUUAAUGUUUGUCAAAUGGUUUGUAAAGCCCAGUUUGCUUAAUAAUGAAUACGCAUUGCAUACAUCAUCCCGCUGCUUACUUAAGUUUUAAUUGUUCACGUUAGCCCGAGAUGUUAAUGUAAUGUAAAUAUAGGGUUUUCUUAAUUGUAUGUAUUUCUUUUUUUCACUGCCAAUUGUUUGUACUUUAUUGCUAUAAGGUAUCUUUAAUAAUUUUGCCCAUAAUAAUUAUGUAAUUUCACAUUGGACAUAAAAGUUUGUCUAAUACUCGUUUGUCAGUUGAAAGUUUAAGCCAGUUUUUUUCAUUGGUGUUAUUUAAUAAAUGUUCCAACGUCUGCCCUUGAUUGUUAUAAUUUUCUUUUAAUACUUAUUUAUUUCACUUACGUAACCCAAACACCCCUGCUUGUUCUAUGCCUGUACUAGAACAGAGGAUGUUGUGUUGAAUACAAUUGUAAUCUUGUGACACAAUUUGAAAGCUCUUUGCAUCAACCCAGAUACAGGGACCUCCACAAACGGACCAGUCCCUGUAUGCCCAAGUCCCCAGCAGAAUUGGUGUUGAUGUUGCCGAAGGAAUGGGAACACAGCUGAUGACUGCAACGGAGUUUACAAUAUUAGAGCGCCCGCUCCUGAGAACUGUAACUUUAGUUAAAUUUUAAUGCCUGGGCUAAUCAUGUUUUGUAAUGAAUUUAGGUAACUAAUUUACUAAUCAAUUUGUGCUAUGAAUGUUAAGCUAUUUAUUUUUCUUGGCACAUGUGUAAAGUAAAUAAGAUGGAUCUCCGCAAAAUUUGUAGUAUUUUUUUGUAUUUCAUUAUGUAUAUUUAAAUAUUUUAAUAGAUUUGGCAUUUAUAGCUAUUAAAUUUACAGACUGUGUAAAUAUAAGUUUGUUGUACUCGUGAGCCGUUAUAAAUAAAUAUCUAGGUUGGAAAAUAUUCUCAGUUUUUGAGCAAAUAAAUUGCACUGUAUGAAAUUUAAGGUUGGUUUUAUGUGCAUCCAGCUCCGGAAUAAUAGUCAAGUUAGCGAAAGUGCACAAACAUAAUUUACCUUUUAAAUUAUAUUCAUGUGUUGCACGUUAGACCAGGCUCCUGGAAGGAUGCAGCAGUUGUAACCCGGUCCAAGCGGAAAGCAGACAGCUAAUAAAUUCCCCCCCCCCCCCCCCCCCCCAUAAGAGUUCAUGUUAAUCAAAAUAAUUUUUACCAUCACGUAAGUGCACCUGCUGACUGCAAUUUUAAUAAAGACAUAUAUAUAUAUUUAUAUAUAUAUAAAUACACUUAAGUACAUUUAAAUAAAUGUUGUAUAACAUUGAGAUUAAGCAAACUAAAAUUAAAUUUCAAAAAUUCAUGUACCAAAAUGUUUACAUAAUAGGGCUUGGGCAUAGAAUAUUUAAGUUACAAUAGGAAAUUAAAAAGCGUAAUCUUAACGUUUUCUAUUAUUAGAAAGUUUUUAACCUGUUAAUGUAAUUCCUGAUACUUGUUUACUAAAGAGAGUGUGUGUGUGUGGGGGGGGGGGGGGGGAGGCCCCGCGCACACGCAAUGAUUUGCCACUAGUGCAUCCUAAUAGGCGUAAGGUAAACUACCCCUGAAAGCCUCUCCAGAGCUGCUGCCGACAUGCGAGAUGGUGUAAAAUAAACACUGGCUGACCACACGGGCCGUCACCUUAGAUAAAUACGCAAUGAAGAAAGCGAAUAACUAUUAAGGAAGAACAAAAUAAUGUUUGUUGUUAAUUCAUUAAAUGGUAUUUAAUGAUACACAAGUGCCAUUGCCAUUGUGCGCGCAUGGAAAUGAACUUACGAAAACAAUGCUACUUCAAAUCUUUGUGAUUAUUUGCAUCAUUACUUUAAAUUCGAGCCAAUCAAACAAUGUUACUUCAAGGGGCAAUUGUACACACAACUGUUAUAAAGUUUUUUAGUUUUUUCCCUUAAUUUAACUAAGAAUAGCAGGGGCACAGCACAAUUCUUCUUACAAAAUUUUGAGACUUUUAUGUUUAGAACAAUUUUAACAGAGAAAUGUCAGAAGUUACAAAUAAACUGUUGAAGCUUUUUGAUGAUUAGUUAUAGGCAAUGAGGGGUUCCGGAAUAGUGUGGUGUAUAAGUAAAAAAUUUUACAUUCAUGAUGUUAUUUAAGGAAAACUAAAAUCUGCAAAAAUUUUGACUUUGCCACUAUGUUCUGGAGUCCAUCUUAUUUAAUUUAAUCUUGCAAUCUCUAAAGUAAUUGUAUUAACAAUUUUUGUUCUUUAUUUACAAUGCUAUUUCUCCACACAGUUACAUAUUUAAUAUUUAGUGUAUGGUAUACAUGUUUUGGUAAAGAAACACCUACUCAGUCACUCAAAGUUGUAUCUGUACAAUUUUCUUAAUGUAGCAAAACAUUGAGGUCUUCGACUUCAUCUUUGACAAAGACUUUAGUCUUUGCACACCCCUAAUAUUUUGUUUGUAUUUUCCUGUAAAAUAAUUAUGAAUUUAACACACAUAUUAGCAAUGUUGGAAUGCUUGUGAGCUAAGGCAUAGAUACUUAAAAGAUACCAGUGUAUUGAGUGGCACCAUUGUAUUAAUGCUCAAUUUUAUUGAUGCAGCAUGUUUACGUAAUUAAUAUGUCAAUUCUAAACGUGAUAUUUAUCAACAUAAUUUUAAUAAAAUGAAACACUUUUUUACAAGACAA